GCCUAUAACUUAUAUAUCCCAUACUCUCCUCUCACCAAGAAUCUGAGUUUCAUUACUCAUAUGAUGAGGAUUACUUGAUCUUUCCAAAAACUUUUAUCCUUGUUGAAUUUAGUUUUUAUUUUUAUUUUUUGUAGUGCAGCCUUGGUAGUUUCCCCAAGGCAGCUUGUUAGAAAAAAACCAGAAUGCAUAUCUCAAGUUGUUUUCUCAUUUUCUUCCUCCUCCCUUCUCUUCUUUUUUCAUUAUCUUAUGCACUUUCCGAUGAAGAAGCAUCAUUUAUUGCACGACGUCAACUCUUAAUGUUGCCUGAAGAUGGUGACUUACCGGACAAUUAUGAAUACGAGCUCAAUCUAAACUUUACUUUCUCAAAUUCCAGGCUUAGGCGUGCCUAUAUCGCUCUAAAAGCCUGGAAAGUGGCUGUUUAUUCUGACCCUUUUAAUUUCACCAGUAACUGGGAAGGUCCAGACAUUUGCAACUACAAAGGCGUGUUUUGUUCCCCUGCUCUUGAUGAUCCUAGUGUCACGGUCGUUGCUGGAAUUGAUCUCAACCAUGCAGAUAUUGCAGGCCACCUUCCUGUUGAAUUAGGAUUAUUAACAGAUACAGCUCUAAUCCAUCUCAACUCUAAUCGAUUUUGUGGAAUCAUUCCAGAAAGUCUCAAAAGGUUAGAGUUUUUGCACGAAUUAGAUGUUAGCAACAACCUUUUGGUUGGCCCUUUUCCUAAGGUAGUUCUCUCGAUGCCUAGUCUUAAGUACCUUGAUCUAAGGUUUAAUAAUUUUGAGGGAGCAGUGCCUCCAGAAUUGUUCUACAAAGAUCUUGAUGCUCUUUUCUUGAAUGACAAUCGUUUCACCUCCACCGUCCCGGAUACUCUUGGAAAUUCUUCGGCUUCUGUAAUUGUGUUUGCAAAUAACAAAUUUACAGGAUGCAUUCCUAGUAGCAUUGGUAAGAUGGCAGACUUGAAUGAGAUUGUUUUCUCGAAUAAUGAUCUUGCUGGAUGUUUGCCUGCUGAGAUCGGAUUGCUUAAGAAUGUAACAGUGUUUAAUGUUGCUGGAAAUUCAUUUUUCGGGACCUUGCCAAAGACCUUUAAUGGGCUUUCUCAGAUUGAGCUGUUAGACUUUUCAAACAAUGAUUUAAGUGGAAUAAUUCCUGAAGAUCUUUGUCGCUUGCCACAUUUGAAGAAUCUCACAUUUGCAUUAAAUUAUUUCAAUGGUGAAGGUAAAGCUUGCGAAAAUUUAUCUUCAAGAAAAGAUGUGACUUUUGAUGAUACAAAUAAUUGUUUGCAGAAUAGACCAAAACAAAAGUCUCAACAUCAGUGUGAUUCUGUUGUGAGCAAGCCAAUUGAUUGUGGCAAAUGCGAAAAACUAUCACCAAAUUCUCCCCCCAAGAAACCUUCCAUGCUAAAACCCCAGCCUCCCAAGCCAAAGCCUAAUCCACCACACGUCUCUAAGUCACCACAACCUCCUGAACCACAACCCAUACACUCUCCACCUCCGCGUGUUCAUUCUCCUCCACCACGACCCGUUCACUCCUUACCUCCACCUGUCCAUUCUCCUCCAGCACGACCCGUCCACUCCCCACCUCCGCAUGUCCAUUCCCCUCCACCACGACCCGUCCAUUCCCCACCUCCACCUGCUCAUUCUCCUCCACAGCGACCAGUCCACUCCCCACCUCUACCGGUCCAUUCUCCUCCAUCUAAACCCGUCCACUCUCCACCUCCACCUGUCCAUUCUCCUCCUCCACAACCCAUUCACUCUCCUCCUAAACGACCUGUUUACUCCCCACCUCCAUCGGAACCCAUCCGCUCGCCACCCCCUCCAGCACAUUCUCCGUCACCACCACUCAUUCAUUCCCCACCUCCUCCUGUACAUUCUCCUCCACCGCCACUCGUUCAUUCUCCAGCCCCACCUGUCCAUUUGCCUCCACCAAAACCCGUCCAUUCCCCACCUCCACCUAUCCAUUCUCCACCACAACCUGUCCACUCCCUACCACCGCCUGUCCGUUCUCCUCCACCAAAACCAGUCCACUCUGCACCUCCACGUGAACCUGUCCAUUCUCCUCCACCAAAACCUAUUAAUUCCCCACCUCUAGCUGUUCAUUCUCCUCCCCCACAAUCUAUCAACUCCCCACCUCCACGAGUCUAUUCUCCUACACAACUACCUAUUCACUCACCACCAACACAACCAGCACAUGUUCAGUACUCUCCUCCGCCUCCUAUUCACUCUUCUCCGCCACCUUCUGUUCAAUCACCACAACCAGUGUCCUCACCUCCGCCACCGUCAAUAUCUCCAUCACCUCCUCCUCCAAGAUUGUCUCCACCUCCACCUUUCGAAGAUGUUGCACUUCCACCAAACAUUGGUUCGGUUUAUGCAUCACCACCGCCACCAAUAUUCCAAGGAUAUUAAUCGGUGGAUAUUCAUUUCUUUUCGAUUAUUUUAUAACAUGUUUACUAAAUAUAAAAAGAAAUGUAUCCUCACACCCUUUUAUCUCUUGUA